AUUAUCGUUUUUUUAGUCGAGUGAGGUUAAAGUAUUAACAUGCAACCUCGAAAAUGAGCUGAGAGAGGCGAAAGCCACCGCGGAAAAUAAUCGCAGAAGAGCUGCUGAUUUGGAGUACAAGGUUCAGCAACUCGCAACGGAUAUAGAGCGCGAGCGGGAUAGCUCGGAACGCUCUAUACACAUAGAACGAAACACAGUGAUGUGUUUCCGUCAGGAGCUAAACGAGGUAGCGGAGGAUAUGUAUUACCUCAAUAGAACGCUACCCGUCCUCCACGAGCAACGCGAAUUCAUGACGCUCCGUGAACAGGAGAUGCAAACAGAGCAGCUGAUAAUCGCGUAUUUAGUGCGCGGAGAAGUCCGAGAAACGAUCUUUAGAAUUAAAAAUGACCAGACAAUGCACGUGAAGAUCUACUUGUAUGGCGGAGUUGGGAACGAGCGAGUUUUCCAAUGCCAAAUGCACACAGUGAGCGGAUUCCCGGUGUCUAACAUACCGGGGCUAUGCUAA